AUGGUGGUUUCACCGAAUGGAUGCUCCCAGGAACGAGACGGGUAUUCCUGGGAGCCCUUGCACUCCCAGGAACCCUUACUUGAGCCCCAGGAACCAGACUUCCGUUCCCAGUGUGUCCCUACUCUCCAGUGUGUCCCUACUCUCCAGUGUGUCCCUACUCUCCAGUGUGUCCCUACUCUCCAGUGUGUCCCUACUAUCCUGUGUGUCCCUACUCUCCGGAUCUAUACUGUCGGCUUCUGGGAGCUAAACAUCCUUCAGGAACUGUACCCAUCUCCCCUGGGAGCGAGCCAGACCGUUCCUGGCCUCUCUUAUCUUUGA